AUGGCUCAGGCCUACGAUGACGAGGAGCUGUCCAUCUCCCUGUCCCCAUCGCAGAUCCGGCGCAACAGGUGGCCUGGCGAGGGGCAGCACCACCACCACCACCAUCAUCAUCACGACCAUCACCAACAGUCGGCCCCGGGUUCCGCCUCCAUCGACACCGCCAUCAUGUCCUCCGGCUCCGCCCACAAUUCAAAUAAUGCCUCGCUCCGCGACAAGACGCGCACCGAGCAGCGCAUCGGCGCUUACAACAUUGUCAAGACGCUCGGCGAGGGCAGCUUCGGCAAGGUCAAGCUGGCCGUGCAUCGCGGUACCGGCCAGCAGGUCGCCCUCAAAAUCAUCUCGCGCAAGAACCUUAUCAGCCGCGACAUGCAAGGUCGCGUUGAACGUGAGAUCGAAUACCUGCAGCUGCUCCGCCACCCGCACAUCAUUAAGCUGUACACUGUCAUCAAGACACCCACCGAGAUCAUCAUGGUGCUCGAGUACGCCGGCGGCGAGCUGUUCGACUACAUUGUCGCCCACGGGAAGAUGCAGGAGGACGAGGCCCGCCGCUUCUUUCAGCAGAUGCUCUGCGCCGUCGAGUACUGCCACCGCCACAAAAUUGUCCACCGCGACCUCAAGCCUGAGAAUCUGCUGCUCGACGAUAACCUCAACGUCAAGAUUGCCGACUUUGGCCUGAGCAACAUCAUGACCGACGGCAACUUCCUCAAAACCAGCUGCGGCUCGCCCAACUACGCCGCCCCCGAAGUCAUUGGCGGCAAGCUAUACGCCGGGCCGGAGGUGGACGUCUGGAGCUGCGGCGUCAUCCUCUACGUCCUGCUCGUCGGUCGUUUACCCUUCGACCACGAGCAUAUACCCACCCUGUUUGCCAAGAUCGCGCGGGGCAGCUACAUGGUGCCAACCUGGAUGAGUCCCGGCGCCGCGAACCUGAUCAAGAAGAUGCUCGUUGUGAACCCUGUCCAGCGCGCCACCAUCGAAGACAUCCGCCAAGACCCCUGGUUCCUCAAAGACUUGCCCGCCUACCUCCACCCGCCCGUCGAAGAGUUCCUCAACACCGGCGUUGACCCAAAUAAGGCCAUCAAGGUGAGCGACAUUGCCCCUCAUGCACCGCCACAAGAGCAGGAGAAGCUUCACAACGAAGUCACGGAAAAGAUCAGCAAGACCAUGGGGUACGGCAAACGAGAUGUCGAGGAAGCCCUCGAGGCCGACGAGCCUUCUGCCAUCAAGGACGCCUACAUGAUUGUCCGCGAGAACAAGCUCAUGCAGAGUACGCAACUGGCCGGUCACGGUGCCGAAGAGCCAACCCCCAGCCCCUUGCUGGAUCCGAACAUGUCGUCAGCUCGGUCGGUCGCUUCCACAAGCACGGGGACAUCGCCCAGGCCGCCCUAUGUGAGCAAAGUCGGUAUUCUCCCGAGCAGUUUGACGGUAUACCACAAAGCAUUCAUGGAGCGCGAGAGGGCCAGGGCCGAGGGUAUUGAGGUUCCGGACGCGCCGCUUACUGCGCCCGAACCCGCUACGCAGCCGCGAAACCAGGCCGAGCAGGAAGAGUCACUCCGGCGGCUGAAGCCUCACUCCCGCAGCUUUGUUCGCUUGGAUGAGGCGAGCCGCCCACAAAGUCUGACGCCUGUGAACCCGCCAGCAAAAAAGAACAAACCGGUCAAAUGGCAGUUUGGGAUUCGCUCCCGGAAUGCACCAUGGGAAGCGCUGUUGUGCAUCUACAAGGCGCUUAAUAAGCUGGGCGCCGCCUGGAUUGUGGACGAGGAUUAUGAGUCAGCCCAUCAGGACGACGAACAUAGCGACUACGACGGCGGGCGGCACUCGCGAAAGUCAUCGUCAGGCGUAGACCCCACGGAACUGUACAAGCUCCCAGCAGAUCCCUGGCAUAUCAACAUCCGCUGGGCGACAGACAAACUCCAAAAGCGCUCGGUUGCCUCGAUGCUAAGCGAGGCUGGAGCGAAUACUCAAGUUACCCACGAGGGGCAAGACUUUCAAGUGGUCGCUAUGCGCAUGGAGAUACAGAUAUACGAAAUGGAGCCUGGAGUUUUCCUCGUCGACUUCAAGGUCGACGGAUACGAGACGCCCGACGGCAAGCUCCUCGAGGACAAGGAUGUCACGAGCCCUUUCCCGUUCCUAGACAUGGCCGCCAGGCUCAUCAUGCAGUUGGCCGAUGCGGAUUAG